CCCUAUCUUCAUGGGUACAAUAUGAAUUGAACAAUAACCAGUGUAUGAACCAUCCUGCAACUAGAAGUCUAAACAUGACAUGCAUCAUCAGAUCAUUAUGUAAUUUCUCCACGUUUGUUUGCUCCAUUGGCUCCUAAAUAAAUGUACCCCUCCCCUUUCCUCACAUCUCUUCUCAAAGCAUUUCUACACCAGUACUAUUCAACACACACUGAAUCCUUACACUAUAAAUUACUUUUGUCACGCCUAUGUAGCAAGCAUGUAAAUAUGGAAUAAACUGUUGUAACUGAUUCAGAAUAAACUACUGAUUGCUUCUCACCAGAUAUCAAAAUCCCUAAAGAUCUCAGUGUAAGUCACACCAUUUUGAAAUCCCAUUACAGAUGAAAACUGAAAUGAACUAGUCAGGCCUACUGGUUUCUGUGGGCAAUGCUCUUCUUUGUGUUAUUCUUAAAGCACGUAUUCACACGUUGCCUAACUUAUCUCUGCUAGCACUUCCUUGUGUCUGUCUCAGAAGCUCUCCUGCAUACCUUGUUGGACCAGAACUCCUGUAGGAGAGUGUAGUGUAGAAAUAGUUCUAAACUUCCAGAAUAUUUUCAGAUUGAACCUUGCGCAUUGCAGCAAAGUUUACUGGUAUGCUAUUAAAAGGUAGGAUGGCACAGUGAUGGAUAGAAGCUGCAAGACAAGUUAGUGGUGAUUGAAAGGCUGUCGGGGUAUAGACUGCAAAUAAGUAGGACUCAGUUUGGAGUCCUAGAUUGGAAACAAUUUUGCUGUCACAUGUAUAACAAAUUUGGUGUGAUUACAUGCUGCAUCUGUUUAUAAAAUGACAUAUCUGAUCUGAGAGAAGCCCCAAGAUCUAAAGAACAAUGGGCUUCGGCAGGGAGAUGGAUGGCUGUGGCCAAUGUAUGAAGUACAGCAUGUUUGUGGCUAACUUCAUAAUAUUUAUUGGUGGUCUGGUUGUUUUGGGAAUUGGAAUAUGGACACUAGUUGACAAAUCCUAUGUUAAUGAGCUUCUUGGAACUGAUUUGUACAUGGGAGCUGUCUAUAUACUAAUAGUAACUGGUGCUAUUGUGUCCUUAAUAGCAUUUCUUGGCUGUCUCGGAGCGGUAAAGGAAGUCCGUUGCAUGUUGCUCGUGUACUUCAUUAUAGUGUCCCUGAUAUUCAUUACAAUGCUUAUUGGAGGAAUUCUAGCAUUUGUUUUCCAUGAAAAAGUUAAAACUACAAUGUACAAAGAAAUGGAAAGUUCAAUUAGGAGGUACCAUGAGAAUCCAGAAGUGCAAAGGGCAUGGGACAACACUCAAAUUAAUCUGAAAUGUUGCGGAGUCAAAGACCACAGCAGCUGGGGAGAUGAACUGCCAAACAGUUGCUGCAAAGUAAAGACAAGUACUUUCUGCGACCCAUGGGAAUCUGGCUGCCUUGAAAAAGCUGAAAAAUUUGUGCAAGAUCAUGCAACUGUGAUUGGUGGUGCUGGUAUAGUUGUAGCAUGCAUCAUGUUGCUGGGGAUGAUUUUCUCAUGUGCACUGUUUAAGAUGAUUGAAUAAAACCCCCACUUCUAAAUCAGUGUUCAUGAUCGGAACACAAUGUGUGUUGUGUAAAGGGAGUUUAAUUAAAUCGGAGAACUUAACCAGAUAGUGUGUUCCUGUAAAUAUCUGUAGCUACGAAUGCUACAGAAAAGAAAAUGUAAAGGAUGUUUAACUUCAUGCCAGACAUGAAAUUUAUAGUGGAAUUGUCAUCUGUUAAGAAAAAGUGAUGGUUUUACAAGACAAUGAAGUGUCCUGUAAGCUUAAGACCAGUGAUUUUCAUCUUAAUAUAAACAACACGCACAAAUUUAAAUAUUGCUUUGUACAUAUUCAUAUAUAUGAAUUGUGGACUGCUGUAGUGUGUCAGUAUUAAUCUCUGUAUACAAAAUAUGGCUUUUCAUACUACUUUACACCAACAUUCCUUUAUGAAUCUGUGUUUAGAAAUAUUCUACAAGAAUUUAAUUUAUUAUUAAAAAUGUUAAUUAUACUGGCAGUAUGCUCUUGCCAGUUUGCAGUUACUUUAAUUCUCUUUAACUCUAUUGUCUGCACAUCAUCACACUCAUUUUCUAGAUAUGAAUAUAACAGAGGGAAGUGUGUGUCUAUCGACCUGCCAGCGCUUUUGUUUGGUAAGUCUCAUCAUCUUUCUUUUUAGAUUCACUUUCUAGAUAUUUAGAAUAAUUCUUGUGUAAAAUCACUAUUAUUUCAUUUUGCAAGAAGGUAACUAUUACCCACAUUCAUUAUGUGGGUAUAGGAAAGCACCAACCUUACUUACUCUUCAUUUUAUGUCAGUGGCAAAACAUAUUUAGUUAUUGGCACAUUGUCUAUAAGGAGCUAUUACCUCUUUCAUGUUAAAGUUGAAUUUUCACUUUAGAAAGUGAACAUUCUGUUUGUGAAGUGGAUUAUUUUGAUAGUGCUUCACUACUGCAAAAAUAGGAAGCAUGGGUGAUAGCACGGAUAGUAAAGCACAAUGCAAUGUCACAUUUGAUUUCUCAAUAACUCUGUGUGUGUGUGUGUGUGUGUGUGUGUGUGUGUAAACAAAAUGUUAUGGUGUCAACCCAUUUCCUUAAAAAAUGUUCUUUGUACCUGAUGCUCUUGUCAGUAAAAUGUAAGUGAAAGUUUUUGUUCAGGUAUGUUAAGUUUUUCUUUCUUACAUAGUAGUAGUGAAGAACAUGCUUAAAGUGAACUUUCUGUAGUUGAUAAAAUGUUAAAAUGAAAUGUGCUGCAAAUUCAACAUAACAAUGAAGAGUUUUUUAUUUUAUUGAGUACUGACCACUGUAUCAUAUGAAGAACACCCAUUAACUAGACACCUGUGUUAAAUUUUUGUACUGAUGUAACAGUUGAAGAGAGUGCAUUUUAAAUAAAGGAGAAUGUGUGAAAAUAUGUAAUAUACAAAUAAAGAAAUUAAUAUUUAAAAAA